AUGGCGGAGGCUGAGGAGGACUACUCGCAGCUACCGCUGCCAGACAGGUUUAUUCACAAGCUAUGGAAGGUCCGCAAGGAAGGAUAUGAGGCGGCCGCCCAGGUCUUCGAGAAGACCCCCGAUGAGUCCGACCCUGCUUUCAGACCCUUUAUUCAAGAUGCUGGUCUGUGGAAAGGCGCCGCUGCAGAUUCCAACGUGGCGGCUCAGCAAGAAGGUCUAGGUGCGCUCUGCGCUUUCUUGAAAUAUGGCGGUCAUCAAGCCGCCUCACGUUCGAGACCGCACACUAUCCAACCCAUAUACGAGAAAGGCCUGUCGUCAACAAGACCCGCUGCCAAAGCCAAUGCGCUCGAAGCACUACUUCUCUACGUCGAGAUCGAUAAGCCAGAUUUGGUCAUCGAGGACUUACUACCAGCCCUAGCCCACAAACAACCCAAAGUAAUUGCCGCGACUUUGGCUGCCAUCACCGCGAUCUUCCAUAACUUUGGUGUUAAAAUCGCGCAACCGAAUCCGGUCCUGAAACUAUUGCCCAAAGUCUUCGGUCAUGCAGACAAGAACGUCCGCGCCGAGGCUCAAAAUCUCACAGUUGAGCUGUAUCGCUGGCUAAAAGAUGCAAUGAAGGCCAUCUUCUGGAAUGACCUAAAACCUGUACAGCAAGGUGAUCUGGAGAAGCUGUUCGAGAAAGUCAAAGAGGAAUCCCCUCCCAAGCAGGAGCGCUUCACUCGCGCCCAACAGGCUCAAAUGGCUACUGCUUCGGCCAAUACCGGAAACGAUGUUGGUGGCGAAGGCGUAGAGGUUGAAGCAGAGGAAGAAGAGGCCGUCGAGGUCGACGCGUUCGAUCUCGCAGAACCGCAAGACUGCUUAGCCAAAGUUCCAGCGGAUUUUAACGAGAUGAUCAACUCUUCUAAAUGGAAGGAGCGAAAAGAGACCCUGGACGCCCUCUUCAACGUCAUCAACGUACCAAGAAUAAAAGGUGGUCACUGGGACGACGUUAUUCGAGCACUGACCAAGUCAAUGAAAGACGCUAACGUUGCUGUCGUUACCGUCGCGGCAAACUGCGUUGAAAAACUAGCCUUCGGGAUGCGGAAAGACUUUGGCCGUUAUCGAUCGACCAUUAUGGGUCCAGUGAUGGAGCGCCUGAAGGAAAAGAAGCAAGCCGUCACAGAUGCUCUCGGAGCUGCUCUUGAUGGUGUCUUCUCUGCAACAUCUCUGACUGAGUGCCUAGAGGAGAUACUCGGCUUCUUGGCCCACAAGAAUCCCAAUGUCAAAGGUGAGACGAUCAAAUUUCUCGUCCGAUGUCUACGAAAUACAAGAGUGGUCCCGUCGAAAGACGAACAGAAAUCUAUUGCGGGAGCCGGUACGAAACUUCUGACAGAGUCUACCGAGGCCAUGCGAGCAGGCGGUGCUGAGAUCCUAGGAACUCUGAUGAAGAUCAUUGGAGAACGACCCAUGGUUCAGUAUAUUGAUAACCUGGAUGACAUUCGCAAGACCAAGAUCAAGGAGUACUUUGACACUGCCGAGGUCAAGGCAAAGGAGAAGCCGAAGCCAGCCCCCGCUCCAGCCAAAUCCGCUUCUGCUGUUGGCAGGAAGGUCGUCGGCGGCUCGAAAAAGCCAGCGGUCAAGAAAGCAGCUGCUGCCGCUCCUCCAGCGGAAGAACCGGCUCCUCCAGCGAAACCCACGGCGAAAGCUCUGCCAAAACCGGGCGGCGUGCCGAAGCCGGGUCUUGCUGCACCAUCGGGCCUAAAGCUGAGUGGCCUCAAAAGGCCAAAUAUGGCCAGCCCCCAGCAGCGUCGGGUCAUUUCGCCUCCUGUGAGCCAGGAUGGCGAAGAUGAAGUUCCAGCUGCCUCGCCGUCGAAGUUUGGAAUGGGCCGUGGUCUUGCCGGUCGUCCUCUAUCGCGACCCGCGGCCAUGCCCAUGUCACCGCCGCAAGCUCCUGCUGCUAUCGGGAUGUCAGCCAUUGAACGCGCCGAGUUGGAAGAACUUCGCGCAGAGAAGGAACGCCUCAGUGCCGUGGCCGAUAACCUAAGAAGCAGCAACGCGAAACUCAACGCCGAAAUCUCCGAACUCCAGAAUCAGAAUGCUCAGCUAAUUGAGGACCACACUCGUGACGUCUUGCAGAUCAAAGCGAAGGAAACACAACUCACUCGCGCCCGUGGUGAGUGCGAUGUUCUUCGUACUGAGAUGGAGUCUCUGAAGAAAGAGUCUGAGCGCUACAAGCGCGAGGUAUCUCGUCUGGGGCGAGAAAGCAUAGGCCGCGAGCGGGAAGACAUCAUGCGUGGUCGACCCCUGGAUGAUGAGGGUGCCAAUGGUAUCCACGACGACAACUCGUCACGCUUUGCUGCCAAUGGUCGAGUCGAUGCGAGGCCUGACAGUCGGUCUUUUGGCCUUCAAAGAACCGAUUCUGCUGCUAGCGGCACGAGUAGACCAGGCAGCGUCAAACCCCGGCCAAUGUCUGGCUUCACAAACAACAGUCUCAGCCCAAGUGAUGAGAAGGAGAACAAUGGCUUUGAAAGCACGUUAAUGUCACGGCGGAAAAUCAGCCCUCCUGUGGGAAGUGGCAACAUGAGUCCCGUCCGUCCAAAUGCAAAUGAAGCAGGAGGUGCAGGUCAAACUGAGAAUUGGAAGCGUGCCGCCGAGGUGACGAGCCAGUUGAAGGCAAGGAUUGAAGCUAUGAAGGUAAGGUGUCUCCGAAUCCGGUGA